AACAGCAAUUUGUUUUCAUUCUGAUUUUGCAAAACCGGGCAUUUUACGGGUAAAUGAAUAGACGAAAACGAUCGAUAUCGUUAAAGUAAUAAAGCGUUCAUCAAAAUCUGUCUAAUCGAGCAACGAUGGCCGAAAGUCGCGUACAUCCAGCAGAAGAUAUCGACAUAGAUCCACCAUCGGAACGGUCUUUGAUCAUUUUUGGACGAGAUGUAAGCACCAUACCGUGCUUUCGGAACAGCUUUCUGUAUGGCAUCAGCAUUGGAAUGGGAGUCGGAUUUUUGGCAUUCCUAAAAACUUCCCGUCCACAACUUUCCACACACAUCGGAUUUGGAACGUUUAUGGCGACGACGAUUGGCUAUUGGUUUCCGUGUCGGUACAAUUGGUCCAAGCAAAAGUUCGAUACCGCACAGUUGCAACAAGCACUGCAACAGCAAGCUAUUUACGAGGGUACCGAAAAAGAACGUGAAAAGCUAGAUGUAAAGUUGGAGCAAGCAUAAUGACCAGUGAGACACGGUACAGUAGCUAUGGGAUUUUCCUUGUAAAUUGUGUUAAGAACGAAACAAACGUGACCUACCAUUUAAACCAAA